CGGGAGAACAGCGUUUCUGAUAUGUCAAAACUAGCCAUAAGGCUAAUAUCCUUACCUUUAAUCGAUAGUCCUGAGGCUUAUUCAGUAGGAGGAAAUAUGUACCUUGUUGCAUGUCUACCCUGUGGGCCGGUUUCCCAGACAGGUUAUACAGGACAAAAAAUGAUACUCGAUGGAGAUUCUCAUUUGAAAGUAUUUUAGUCCAGGACUAGGCUUAAUCUGUGUCUGGGAAACUGUCCCUAUAUGUCAUCUAUCUGAAACACUUAAAAUGUUGAAACAUAUUGAAUAAGCUCCAGGGAUCACCCAACUGCCCUCAAGUAGAGAGACAUUUUGAAGAUCUGUCAUCACGUGGUGUUUAUUUAUAUACUACCAUUAUACAGUGCCCUCCAGUGUCCAUCCACUCAAGUUCUUGGCAUGCCUUGCGCAGGAAACUCAUUCCAUGAAGGGCCAAGAGUCUGCUGGUUUUUGUUAAGACCUCGUCAACAAGAUGAGAGGAGUGCCUUACUAAUCAGCGACCUUAAUUGAUCAAGUACAAGGCAAGAGCAAAAACCGCAGACACUCGGCCCUGUGUGGAAUGAGUUUGACACGUGCCUUACUUAAUAAUUUAGGCUGCUGCUAAAAAAAAAAAAAAAGUAGUUAUUUUUUUGGUAGUCCUCUGUGCCAUAUUGUACCCUUCAAUUAGAUUGUUAUGAUCAAAGUUUAGAAUCCAUACUUUGCGAUCUUAUUUAUUUCCCAAGUCCAGUUGGACUGACCUCAAAUUGUUUCAUAGUGCAGUUGUGGCAAUAGUCUGAACUAGACGAAGCCUUCGGAAGGCCUACAUAUGAUGUUCAAGUAAUUUAUAAGCAGAUAUCUAAAAAUGCAUUCCAAAUGUGUUAACCCAUAAGUAUGUUUGCUUCUAGCCACAAUAACAGAAGCUCAUUCAGAGUUCUAGACAAAUGUAAUUUAGUGAUGAGUCCAUCUGACAGUUAUUUUGGCCCUUUGAAUAUGGUUAAUGUUGUGAGAAAAGAUGCAGUAUGAUGACAAUUAGUACUUUCCUUAUUUUAGCCCAGUGGUCUGUUUUGAAACUUUUAUUUUGUAACCACGCAUUGCAAGAGAGUAAACACACAUGGGCUCAUCCUGUGUUUCACAAAGCACCACUGACCACAGCCUGGAAAGGCUUUGGCCUGUGAGAAUUUCCCCUGCACUAACUGAUAGGCACUGUGUCACGUUUGCGCAAACGAAAAAUAGCUUCAGGCUAUUCUGGAUAUUAAUUAACAAUUUAAAAAAUGGUUAUCUACUCUUUGAUAUUCCAAAAUAGGGCUGGUUUCCCAGACCCAGAUAAAGCUUAUUCCUUUACCAGAAAGAACUUUAAAUGAAGACUCAUCGAGCAUGCAUUUUUGCUCACUACUAGGCUUAAUCUGUGUCUGGAAACUGGCUCAUAUUAAAAUAAGCAAUGUAAUACAGUGAGAGUGCUUACUCAGUUGUUGGGUAUGUGAGCUUUAUAUUUUGAAAUGUAUAAAAUAUUUCCUAGAGAAAUUGUUGGUUGAAUAAAUGUACAGUGCAUCAGACACUGGCAGAGGACAACAGCACAAUAUUUUUGUAAUAUGUCAGGUAUGUUAUGAAAUGUGCUCCUAAAAGUGAGUGUAUGUAUGAACUAAAUCCUGGGUGGUAAAAGUUCAAAGAUCAAAAUGAAAGCGGAAGUGUGGAGAUAACAGCUGGUGAUUUAGACUGUAAGAAUUGUGUCCUUGGAGUAAUUUUCUGCCUCAGAUGCUUGAAAACAAAUGGACACUUUGAAAUAAGAUCAACAUUACCUCGCACAUGUGCAUGCCAUAUAAUGUUUAAUCUUCCUAAUAAUGAUUAUACUCUUACGGUUAUUUUCUGUUUCACUUUUAGUAUUAUUGUGACAAGUUACUUUUCUGGUGACAAGGUGAGUUGUUGAACAUUUUUAGAAAAACAUUGUGGUCUGGUCAUGACUGUAGAGUUUUUAGUGUGAUAUCCCUUCAGGUAGUUAAAAAAAAAAAAAAAAGGAACUAACAAUUUAUAGAAUACAUCAGUGAUAUAGUACAUGAUCACUUAAAUUAAUGAGACUUAAAGGAAUAGUACACUCCAAACCAAUGUUUACAAGAUUGUUAUAUAGCCUCAAAAGUGCUCCUCAGUCAUUCUACAAUAUCUGUUGAAUAGAUAGUAUUCAGGGAAAUAUGCAUGAUCUACCUCAAAUUAAUGGAAAAGAUCUGUUCAACCAAUGUUUGAAUUUGAGUGACAAUAUUAUAUCGCUACAUUUAAUUAACCUCUUGGAUGUAAAGGCCCCUGAAGAGGGGACUAGCAAAGUUCUGGUACCUGUAAUUUUUGCUUUUAAAUCGAUCUGUGGAUGUCGUAGAUCAAAAUGACUACCAUUCAGCAAUAGCCCUAGUUCUCACGGAGUCUGGAGUAUUGUCAAGUGCUAGUCGGAUCAAGGAAACUCGGGUUUUCCGACUUGCUAACUUGUUGUAGCUAUACAACUGCUGCGUUCAACCAAUUUAGCAAGUCGGAAAUUUCUGAGUUUCAUGUGUUGCCAGUCGGGGAACUAUCUCUUUCACCUUUGUGACUCAGGCUGUGAAAUCUGGCACCACUUUAAUUUGGGAUGUCCCGCCCACCAUUUCAUUCGCUCUUCCGACUGGCCAUUAUCUUCUGGCUGGACGCUACAUCGCAGCCGUUGACAAAGCACAUGCCUGAAAUCCUUAGAUCCUAGCACAACAGAAGAUCGUGGUUUUGACACACUAGCACAGGGAUGGGCAACUGGUGGCCCGUGGGUUCAGUUUCCAAUAGAUUUUUAAUGUUACAUUUGGGAACUCAGUCCGGGUCUCAAUUUACUGUUGAGAGUUAGAAUAGUAGAAUACACAGGGUGCAGUUUCUCUUGUCAGUCACUCAAUUAGCCCAUGUCAACAUUCUUAUUUUAUUUUUUAGAUUGGUAAGUUAGUCUAGCGGCCAUCUAUCAAAAUUUCUAGUAAUCAUGGUCGAAUUACCGACCGGGGGGCCCCAUUGAUUUUGUUAGUCACUCUCACUCAGAUAUAAUUUUAAAAAACUGCAAAUAUUUCUGUCACAAUGCAAAAUUAAUAUAAUUGCAUUCCAUUUUGUAUAAAAUUGCAAAAUCUUCUCUACGCCCCAUGGCAAAAUGUGUAGAAUUAACCCAAAAAUCCCUGUCGGGGGCCUCUUCAUGUUUUGCCCCUUAAGGUGAGGGUGGGCACCCCCAAUAAAGUUUUGCUUAUGGCCCCAAAAGGAUCUGGCCAGCUCUGACGGCAUGUGUGGGUAUGAAUACCCACGAGCCACUGCGGCCCCUCAUGAUCACUUCUGAUUUUUUUGUGGCCCCCGCCCCCAUCAAAGGUGCCGAUCCCUUUUGUAUUGUAAACUACUUCCUUUCUGUAAAUGUGAUUGUGCACUCAUAAUUGACUCCUGACAGUAUGUAAAUAGUUACAUUGUAUGUUCGUGUCGUCAGGUCGGCUAGUAUUUGUAACGUGAUCCUGCGUUGUAUAUUGUGAAAUAAUAAAAAGUGCCGAUCCCUGCUCUAGCAGAUUCAGGGAUUGAUUUUACGUCAAAUCAAAUCAACAUUAUUUGUCACACGCGCCGUAUACAACAGGUGUAGACUUUACCGUGAAAUGCUUACUUACAAGCCCUUAACCAACAGUGCAGUUCAAAAAGAGUUAAAAUAUUUACCAAGUAGACUACAAUAAGUAAUAAUAAAAAAGUAACACAAUAAGAAUCACAAUAACGAGUUUAUAUACGGUCGGCACGGGUACCGAGUCAGUGUGCGGGGCUACACGUUAGUUGAGGUCAUUUAUACGUGUAGGUGGGGGUGAAGUGACUAUGCAUAGAUCAUAAACAGCGAGUAGCAGCAAUGUACAAAAGGGAAGUGGGGUCAAUGUAUUUGUCCGGUGGCGGUUUUAUUAAUUGUUCAGCAGUCUUAUGGCUUGGGGGUAGAAGCUGUUGAAGCCUUUUGGUCCUAGACUUGGUGCUCCGGUACCGCUUGCCAUGCGGUAGCAGAGAAAACAGUCUAUAACUUGGGUGACUGGGUUAGGGUUAGGGUUAGAAUUUUUAAUGGCUUUCCUCUGACACCGCCUAUUGUAUAGGUCCAAGGCAAGGGAGCUUGGCCCCAGUGAUGUAUUGGGCUGUUCGCACUACCCUCUGUAGCGCCUUACGGUCAGAUUCCGAGCAGUCGCCAUACCAGGCGGUGAUGCAACCGGUCAGGAUGCUCUCGAUGGUGCAGCUGUAGAAUCUUUUGAGGAUCUGAGGACCCAUGCCAAAUCUUUUCAGUCUCCUGAGGGGGAAAAUGUGUUGGGGUGCAAUCUUCACGACUGUCUUGGUAUGUUUGGAACAUGAUAGUUCGUUUGUAAAUUGGACACCAACGAGCUUAACUCUCGACCCGCUCCACUACAUUCCCGUCGAUGUUAAUAGGGGCCUGUUCGGCCCACCUUUUCCUGUAGUCCAUGAUGAGCUCCUUUUGUCUUGCUCACAUUGAGGGAGAGGUUGUUGUCCUGGCACCACAAUGCCAGUUCUCUGACCUUCUCCCUAUAGGCAGUCUCAUCGUUGUCGGUGAUCAGGCCUACCACUGUUGUGUCGUCAGCAAACUUAAUGAUGGUGUUGGAGUUGUGCUUGGCCACGCAGUCGUGGGUGAAUAGGGAAUACAGGAGGGACAAAGUACACACCCCUGAGGGGCCCCAGUGUGAAGGAUCAGUGUGGCUGACGUCGGUAAGUCACAUCCAUUGUUGCCUACUCUUACCACCUGGGGGCGGCCCGUCAGUAAUUCCAGGAUCCAGUUGCAGAGGGAGGUGUUUAGUCCCAGAGUUCUUAGCUUAGUGAUAUGCUUCGUGGGCACUAUAGUGUUGAACGCUGAGCUGUAGACAAUGAACAGCAUUCUCACAUAGGUGUUAUUUUUGUCCAGGUGAGAAAGGGCAGUGUGGAGUGCGAUUGAGAUUGCAUCAUCUGUUGGGCUGGUAUGCGAAUUGGAGUGGGUCUAGGGUGUUCGGGAGGAUGCUGUUGUGAGCCAUGACCAGCCUUUCAAAGCACUUCAUGGCUACCGACGUGAGUGCCGUGGGACGGUAAUAAUUUAGGCAGGGUACCUUCGCUUCCUUGGGCACAGGGACUAUGGUGGUCUGCUUGAAACAUGUUGGUAUUACAGACUCUGUCAGGGAGAGGUUGAAAAUGUCAGUGAAGACACUUGACAGUUUGUCCGCACAUGCUUUGAGUGCACGUCCUGGUAAUCCAUCUGGCCUAGCGGCUUUGACUGUUGACAUGUUUAAAGGUUUUGUUCACAUCGGCUACCGAGAGCGUUAUCACAGUCCUCCAGAACAGCUGGCGCUCUCGAGUAUGCUUCAGUGUUGCUUGCCUCGAAGUGAGCAUUUUCUUUGCAUAUGGCCUUAUAGAGUAGGUUGAGAGUACCAGCUUCGUUCUGUGGUGGCAAAUAGAUGGCUACGAAUGAUAUAGAGGAGAACUCUCUUUGUAGAUAGUGUGGUCUACAGCUUGUCAUAAUGUACUCUACCUCAGGUGAGCACUAUCUAGAGACUUCUUUAAUAUUAGACAUCGUGCACCAGCUGUUAUUGACAAAGACACACACCCCCCACCCAUCGUCUUACCAGAGGUUGCGUCUGUUCUGUGGGUGCAUGGAAAAUCCCACUAGCUCUAUAUUGUCCGUAUCAACGUUCAGCAAUGUCUCGGCGAAACAUAAGAUGUUGUUGAUGUCCCAUUGGUAGAGUAAUCUUAAUCGUAGGUCGUCAAUUUUAUUUUCCAAUGAUUGCACGUUAGCAAGAAGAACGGAUGGCAGUGGGAGUUUACUCGCUCGCCUACGGAUCCUCAGAAGGCUGCCUGAUCUGCUGCCCCUUUUCCUGUAUCUUUUCUGCAUGCAAAAGGCAUGGAUCUGGGGCUGUUCCAGUGAAAGCAGGAUAUCCUUCUCGUCGGACUCGUUAAAGGAAAAAGUUUCUUCCAGUCUGCGGUGAGUAAUCGCAGUUCUGAUGUCCAGAAGUUAUUUUCAGUCAUAAGAGACGGUAGCAUCAACAUUAUGUACACAAUAAGUAAUUUAAAAAAAAUAAGUUCCGCAAAAAAAACGAAACAAAAUUGCGUAAUUGGUUGGGAGAAUGUAAAACGUCAGCCAUGUUCUUCGGCGCCAUCUCAUUUUAUAGCCUACUUUAUCAAAGUAAUUUAAAACAAUGAAUAGAUGUUUUUUUUUAACAAAAAUCCCUUUGUCAUACAUGGACAAGAUUUAAUGAGAUUAAAGGCCAGUUUGUAAAGUUUUCAGGAAGCCAAGCUAGAGCCCUGUCCGAUGUUCAUGAGUGGGGGCUGGAGCUUGAUCAAGAGAGACUUUUAGAAAAUAUGCUAAUUCUCUAACACUAAGCAUUUUACACUUUUAAGGAAAGUGAAAUCUUAGUAAUUUUAUCAUUUGAUUGUACUAUAUUUAGAAAGCAUAUUUUAAGUUCUUAUUCAUACCGUUUUGUUGAAUAGGAAAUAAAGUAUGUCAUAUUAAAAAAUAUAUUUUUAUCAUAAUGUACUGUGUACUUCAGCUUGUGUCCUCAAAAGUAACUACACCUCAGCAAUGUAUAACUAUUUUUACCAGAAAGGUGAGAUUUUUGUCUUGGCGCAUGCAGCAUUACUAGUUAUAGUUUAUGGCCCUCGUGACAAAUAAUAACUUUUGGGAUUACAAUUUAGUUAUAUCUAGAAAAGGCUCUUGUCACAUGUAAUUUACAAUAGCGCUGGUUUCAACAGAGAUCUCUUCACAAGUACAUUAGACGUUUCCUGUGUGGUGUGGGGUGGGGAUGCGAUUUAGUGAUAUCCUUUCGUCGACAAAGCAAGACAUGGUCACAAUGGCAGACCCAAAUACCUCAUACCUUUUGAUUGUGGAGGACUUUGGUGAAUUCUUCAACUACACUGACUUCAACACAACUUAUGAGCUUGACGAAAACACCCUAACCUGCGAUACCUCCCCCAUUUCCUCUGGUGUGACAGUCGUCGUAUGUGCCUUAUACAUCCUCAUCUUGCUCUUGGCCAUUCCUGGGAACCUGGUGGUGGGGCUGGUGAUAGCCUCCAGCAAGCAGCCACUGUCUCCCUCUGACUUAUACCUGCUCCACCUGGCUGUUGCCGACUUCCUGUUGGCUCUCACCCUCCCUUUCUGGGCCGCUUCUAUCACCGUGGGCUGGGUGUUUGGUGACGCCAUGUGCAAACUAGUCAGUGUCUUCCAAGAGGUCAGCUUCUAUGCCAGCAUCCUGUUUUUGACCUGUAUCAGCGUGGACCGUUACCUGGUGAUCGUGCGAGCCAUGGAGGCGUCCAAGGCUGCUCGUCGCCGAGAGGUCAGCUGGAGCACCUGUGCCGCUGUCUGGCUCGUGGGUGGCCUGCUGUCCCUGCCCGGUGUCUUCAACCACGUCUUCCUCGUACGCGGCACAGAGCAGAUGACAUGCACCGAGGGUUACGACCCAGGCAGCGCUGAGGCAUUGCGGCUGGUCAUACGGGUUCUCGGGCACAUGUUAGGGUUUCUACUCCCUUUGACCGUUAUGGUGGUGUGCUAUGGUGUGAUUGUGGCUCGACUCCUGCGGACCCGGGGCGGUUUCCAGAGGAACAGGGCCAUGAGGGUGAUUGUUGCGCUGGUUUUGGCCUUUCUGCUGUGCUGGAUGCCCUACCACCUGGUGGUGAUGGCGGACACCCUAUUCCGGGCAAAAGUGGUGUGGUACGGGUGCCGAGAGAGGAGCGCUGUGGACACCGCCAUGUUCGCCACCCAGAGUCUAGGCCUGCUGCACAGCUGCGUCAACCCGGUUCUGUAUGCCUUUGUCGGGGAGAAGUUUAGGAGGAGGCUGCUCCAGAUGCUCCAGAAAGCGGGUGUGAUGGAGCAGCGAGCGUCGUUGACCAGGACAAGCAGAUACUUCUCUCAGACCUCGGAGGCCACCUCCACAUUCAUGUGAUCUGUGUGUUUUACCCCUGAUUUAUAAGAAGAAUCAAUUAGUCAUGAUGAGGACUCUGGUGCUAUGCUGUGGGUGUGCAGGAAUACGCCCACAUAAAUGUCAACAAACUGGAAUUUUAAAACUGCCUUCUUACUUGAGACCACAUUUGUCUUUAAAUGUGUUAUUGUAUUAACUCAAUGCAUCGAAUGUUUGCGAAAAGGAAGUGUAACGCCCCUUGCGGGUUUUGAACGUAUGUCUCCCAGCAUGUAGGCAAACCUGCUAACCACUGCUCCAAUAAAUCUGUACCAUUUUGGGGGAUAUAGUAACAGGCCUACAUAGGCAAGGUCCAUGACAUUAUUUUCUAUUCAUAAACAUUGUUUAGGGACAAUUCUGAAAAUAAUAAGUAUGUCAAAACAAUAUUGACAUAACAAACUUGGCGACGCCAUGUUUUCCGUUCUAAAUCAGACCUUUCAUAAAACUGCGUUUGUGAAUUCACCUUUUUAUGUUGACAAUAGCCCCCUUUUUUUGCUGUAUAAUAUGGAACUAUUGAAAUUAGUUUCUAAAAGAAAGAGCAAUGGCACAUUUUGAUUACACUCCUGUAGAAGUGUGGGCAGAAUGAAAAAAAAGUCACUAAAAUAUUAAAACAAACUAAAUAUGCAUGCUAUCAAAUAUAGCAGGUGCCAAACACUUGAUUGUACAUUAGAAACAUCUUAAAAGUGAAAUUCUACAGCCCACACUUCUACAGUAUACAAAAUGUUCAACAUUUUGUUAAUCAAUAGAUGAUGUUUCUAUCUCCUGCCUUGGUUUAGUCUCUGAUAUUAAAGAGGCUAUUACCUUGUGCUCCUAUUGCACAGCAAUACUGUAGCCAAUACCCAUACUGUCAAAUAUUUAACAUAGGCUACCAGUCUAUUUACUGUGUUGGCAGAAUGCUUUAAUCUUUUGCAUUAACUUAUGCUGUAUUUGGCAAAGGACUGUGAAUGUUUCUGAAAAAGAAAAUGAUGUUAAAUUGUUGUGGACCUGUCAGUAUAAUGUUUUAAUUUAAUGUUUUGUAAUGACUUUCCCCCAAACCUAAUAUGCUAGACUGUCAGCAAAUUGUCUAGGCUACUCAAAAACAAAUAAUUGAAUUAUUCAAAAAAUUAAACACAUAUUUUUGCUCUUCUCACUAACUGCAAAUGGCUGCAACUUAUGUUUAAGUAUGUUGUGACACAUGUAUGGUCAUUUUUGCCGUUUUUAUUUCAUUUUGUUAUUUUAUGGGGCCAUGCCUUGUCAAUUUUUAGGCCGUCUAGGUAUUUGCAUUUAAAUUAAUGUGUUUUGAGUGCUGUGACAUCAAAUGGGAGCGUUUGUGAGGUCUUGGAGGUUUCUUCUUCAAUCUUGUAGAAUGCCUACUACUGAACACCACUAACGUUUCUCCAACAUCAAUCUAUCCUGUUAAUUCAGGUAUGUAAUGUGCAAUAUGUUGAGGUAACAUGGUUAAUUACAUAGUCCAUGAGUUUAGUGACGUUUAAAGACGUAAAGGAGGGAGUAUUAAUCGAGUGAAAAACUUGUUGGUACAGUGGGGCAAAAAAGUAUUUAGUCAGCCACCAAUUGUGCAAGUUCUCCCACUUAAAAAGAUGAGAGAGGCCUGUAAUUUUCAUCAUGGAUACACUUCAACUAUGACAGACAAAAUGAGGGGGAAAAAAUCCCAAAAAUCACAUUGUAGGAUUUUUUAUGAAUUUAUUUGCAAAUUAUGGUGGAAAAUAAGUAUUUGGUCACUUACAAAUAAGCAAGAUUUCUGGCUCUCACAGACCUGUAAGAGGCUCCUCUGUCCUCCACUCGUUACCUGUAUUAAUGGCACCUGUUUGAACUUGUUAUCAGUAUAAAAGACACCUGUCCACAACCUCAAACAGUCACACUCCAAACUCCACUAUGGCCAAGACCAAAGAGCUGUCAAAGGACACCAGAAACAAAAUUGUAGACCUGCACCAGGCUGGGAAGACUGAAUCUGCAAUAGGUAAGCAGCUUGGUUUGAAGAAAUCAGCUGUGGGAGCAAUUAUUAGGAAAUGGAAGACAUACAAGACCACUGAUAAUCUCCCUCGAUCUGGGGCUCCACGCAAGAUCUCCAACAAUUGUAAUUGAUUUUGACUUCUGUACAGCACUUUGAAAUAUCAGCUGAUGUAAGAAGGGCUAUAUUAAUACAUUUGAUUUGAUACUGAAAACCACUCACGUUUCUCCAUCUCAGCAUUCUAUCCUGUUAAUUCAGGUUUAUUUUCUGCUGAUCACAUCUCAGUUCGAGGCGUGUAACCUCGUCCGGGAUCGGUGCCACCUUCAGGAGGUAGCUGAUCCAGAGAUCCAUAAACCAGGGAAGGCGUGACUGGAGCGAGAGGGAUACGAGUGGGUGACUAAGCAGUGGCAGGUGACCAAUGUGAAAGGGGAUCCUGGCAGAGAGAGUGCAGCACUACGUAUCUGAAGUGUUUGGAAGUGUGCAUCAUGUCCGACGAUGAAAGGGAGGGACUGGUCUGGGCCAUUAAGAAAAGGUUGUCUACGCUGACAUCUGAAAUUUUCCAGUUGGCUGAAAGUCUUGGUGCGUUACCAGAGCUUGACCCAGCUAAGUUAAACAAGGCUGAUGAGGAAGGUUGUUUUGACUGUGUGAAUUCAUGUUUUAAUGGGAAUUUUAAUGUUUGUGCUUUUCUUAGAAAUGUGUUGUGUUCUAUUCAUGUGCUGUUCUAUAAACCAAUUUCUGUGUUCAUGCAAGUGGCUGACUGAACGAAUCCUCACUUUCGUUAGCUGCAAUUUGGCAGUACGCCAAGACCUUGUUUUGAGAACAAAAUAUAUCUCACUUUUAAGGUCUCAGCUUAUAGAGAAGAGUCCUUGUGCGGUAUUGGUCUGUCACAUGUUGUGAACCAGAAUUGGUCGGUCACAUGAAUGAAACACAAAACGGUAAUGAUUAAUUAAUUAUGCUAAAUCAUGCAAAUAUAACUUGUCUGUGUAUAGCGGUGUAUAAGACAACUGCUGGGAUUGCAUAAGUAGAGCUUCUGUUUGACAUGUGUACUAUGGCGCAUUAAGUGUGUUAAACUCUCCAGUGCGCUGACAAUAAACAAUGAUUGACUUAA